CGAUCGACUUCGAGCUGCUGCACGUCACCUGCGCCGUGAUUUUCCGGCAGGACAGAACUAAUUGGAGGAGGUGUGUGCCCUGCGCCGCCAUUUCCGCCGGCACGGCGGUGCCAAUUUGGGGUUUCGAGAAUUAGGAAUUUGGUCUCUGGGUUUUGCAGUCUACAGAAGACGAAAUGGCGCUAAGUUCCAAUUCAAUGCAAAUUUAUGGUUACGAUCUGUUGCUGGGGCUAAUUGCUGCGUUUUACGUGUUCAUGGCGCCUUACACUAAGGUUGAAGAAAGCUUCAACGUUCAGGCAAUGCACGACAUUCUGUACCACCAGCAUCAUAUAGAAAAGUAUGAUCAUUUGGAAUUUCCUGGAGUAGUCCCUCGUACAUUUAUUGGUAAGUUUUUUUAUGCUUUUGUCUCCAAUGCCUUCAGUUACUUGCUAUGCCAAUUCCGUUUGGGCUCCAUUCUCGUAUCAACUCUGGCUUCUCCAUUUGUGCUAGCUGCUAGUUUAUUGCAGUUUCCAAAGCUAUACAGUCUUUAUGCAGCUCGUUUGGUGUUAGGCUUCAUCAUAUUGUCUUCGUUGCGUUUCUUUCGUAUUCAGAUCAGGAAGAACUUCGGAUCUCAAGUGGAAGCUUUUUUUGUAAUAUUGAUUGCAAUUCAGUUUCACAUGCUGUUCUACUGCUCACGCCCGCUUCCUAACAUCUUGGCAUUUGGCUUAGUAAACUUGGCAUAUGGGUAUUGGUUUCAGAAAAGGUUUUAUGCAGCAUUGAAUUCUUUGGUUUUUGCCACCAUCAUUUUUAGAUGUGACAUCCUGCUACUUGUUUCACCACUGGGGCUUGAGCUUUUGCUGUCUAGAUCUAUUUCAUUGCGGAAAGCUGUAAUUUCGUGCUUGAUAGCUGCUUGCUCUUUCAUAGGAUUGACAGUGAUGGUUGAUUCAGUCAUGUGGAGGAGGAUAUUAUGGCCUGAGCUGGAAGUCUUUUGGUUUAAUUCAGUGUUGAAUCGAAGUUCUGAAUGGGGUACUCAUGCUCUUCACUGGUACUUCACAUCUGCUCUUCCCCGCUCCUUGCUGGUGGCGUAUCCACUGUCUGUGCUAGGUUUAUUUCUUGACAGAAGGAUUCGGAUCUAUGUUAUUCCUGUUUUAUCUUUUGUUACUCUCUACUCGAAGCUUCCACACAAGGAACUCCGAUUCAUUAUUAGCUCUCUUCCUAUCUUCAACCUAUCUGCUGCAAUUGCUGCUAGCAGAAUCUACAACAAUCGGAAAAAGAGUUUAUGGAAAUAUCUUAACACUGCCAUGCUGGGUCUGUUCCUGAUCAGUCUAGGGUGCACAAUCUUAAUGUUUAUGGCAUCAUACGAGAACUAUCCUAGCGGCCAUGCCCUAAAAGUUUUGCAUAAGAUGGGGCAUUUGGAACACAAUUCAAAUGAACUCUGGGUUCACAUCGACACGUUCUCAGCAAUGAAUGGAGUCUCACGCUUCUGUGAAAAUCAUGCUCCGUGGCGGUACUCUAAAGAAGAAGGGAUUCCUCUUGAAGAAUUUCAGCGAAGAAACUUUACUUACCUUUUAAGCGAGCAUGCUCAAAUAAAUGGUUACAAGUGUCUACUUAGCACGACUGGAUUUUCUGGGACUCGUCUUCACGCUGGAUUUCCUCCCGUAUCGCUGGUUAAAAAACCGAAGGUUUAUGUACAUGGAAACACGAAUAACAACGGAAUAAUUCACAGAAGCUGGCCAGGAUGCUGAUUUACAGAUCCUUGAGGUAAAUUCUCAGGUUGUUGUAAGAAACAUAGACAAAGUGACUGGGAACCUUCCGCUGCUACAAUACCUUAAAACGACGAAAAAUCGUCACAAUUUGUUUAGAUCUUCAUAAAUAUUUCAUAUCUGUAAUUUAGAGAUAUAGUCCUUAUUGCUUAGUGCUACACUUUAAUGAGACCUCUUCCUUUCAUGAUGUAGCUAAUUGUGUGUGCUUGAUAUUCAAUCAUUUAAGUUUAAUAGUAA